AUGAUGCAUUGAGCUAUUUGGAGAGAUGGCUCAUAAAAGACGUGGCUCAAAACCAAUAUGUGAUCACAAAGUAAAUCAUUAAGAUGAUAUAUGCGCCAUGACAAACGCGAACGAGUUGCUGGGAAAUCGGCUAGAAUGUGCACUGUAAUAUGUCUCUGCUGCCAUGGAAGUGAGUUUGGAGGUUUAUUCCUCUGUGUGGGAAAGUGGGGGAGUUUAUACAGCAGAGAGCGUUUCUGCGGGGAAGUUAAAGGACGAGUGAAAGUUUGUGAAGCUCUCUCACUCUCUGUUCUGGUGACAUCAACUGAGAGAGAGAGGGAGAGGGAGCGAGAGAGAGGGUUUUGGGGGAAACCUAAGUACAAAUCUGUCUGCCUCUCUUACUCUCACAACCUCCAGGCGUACCAGUCUGUGUUGCGCCUCCGCUCUCGCAACUUUUUUUUUAUUUAUUCCUGAUUACAACUCCUCUGCAACUCUCACUCUGUGAUCCCCGGGCAGCAGGGGGAUGUUCUCCGGUACAUCCUAGCUGAACAUUUUCACCUUGGAAAGUUUAGGAGUCAAGCUGAUAACUUGUUCUCGGAGAGUUUGUGAAUGGGGGGGCAUUUGGGGAGACUUUACGCAUCGAGUUGAGAAAUGUUCUAAAAGAAACUCAUUUUCUUCAUUUUAUUCAAUGGCAAGGGAGCUUUUUAAUGGGAUUCUGACUGAGCGAGCCUCUUGAGAGAAAUUUGGUGAACUUCUACUACGACGAACUUGAUUUGAUUUCAGCUCCGGUCAACUUUUUUUUUAAAAAUUUUAGCACACAUUCGAGCGGCCUCUCUUGACCUUUGUCGGGAUCCUUACUUCCACAGCGACUACUUCAGAAGCACGCAGAUUUUCACUUGAUCUCAGUUUGGGAGUAAUUUGAGUGGAUAUCAUGCCUCCGAUCGGGCCGGAGAAGCGCGUUGCGCUCUGCCGGAUUUGGGCUCUGACUUUUGCGCUGCUGGCGUGCGUUGCUUCGGUGACUGGAUGCCCACACAAGUGCAGCUGCUCCGGGUCGCAUGUGGACUGCCAGGGUCUGGGUCUGAAGACUGUGCCUAAAGGGAUACCGAGGAAUGCCGAGCGCCUGGAUUUGAACAGAAACAACAUCACCAGAAUCACUAAAGUGGACUUCUCUGGCAUCAAGAACCUCAGGAUUCUACAUCUGGAGGACAACCAAAUCAGCGUCGUUGAGAGAGGAGCCUUUCAAGACCUCAGACUGCUUGAACGACUUCGCCUGAACAGAAACAAACUCCAGUUUCUUCCGGAGCUUCUCUUCCAGUCCAACCCCAAACUAGGACGACUGGACCUCAGCGAGAAUCAGAUUCAGGCGGUACCGAGGAAAGCCUUCAGAGGGAUCACAGGUGUCAAGAACCUGCAACUGGACAGCAACCACAUCAGCUGCAUUGAAGAUGGAGCUUUCCGAGCGCUGCGCGAUCUGGAGAUUCUCACCCUCAACAACAACAACAUCACCCUCAUCCCCCUGUCCAGCUUCAACCACAUGCCAAAGCUGCGGACACUGCGUCUGCACUCCAACAAUCUCCACUGUGACUGUCACCUGUCCUGGCUCUCUGAUUGGCUCAGAGCCAGGCGGGGCUUGGCUCCCUUCACCCAGUGCAUGGCCCCCGCCCACAUGAGAGGCCUCAAUGUCCCAGAUGUGCAGAAGAAGGAUUUUGUCUGCAAUGGUCCAGCGCAGACAGAGUCGAGGACUUGUGUUCCUCAGGUGGCCGUGUGUCCGCCCAGCUGCAGCUGCAACAACAACAUAGUGGACUGUCGCCGUAAAGGUCUUACUGAAAUACCAGCCAACCUCCCUGAGGGCAUCGUAGAGAUUCGUUUGGAGCAGAACUUGAUUAAAAGUGUCCCUGCUGGAGCCUUUUCUGCCUACAAGAAGCUCAAAAGAAUUGAUUUGAGUAAGAACCAGAUUUCUGACGUUGCUGCUGAUGCUUUCAGCGGUCUUCGCUCACUCACCUCACUGGUGUUGUAUGGCAACAAGAUCACAGAGCUGCCCAAGGGAUUGUUUGAUGGACUGGUUUCCCUGCAGCUACUACUGCUGAAUGCCAACAAAAUUAACUGUUUGCGAGUCAACACUUUCCAAGACCUGCAAAACCUCAACCUGCUGUCUCUGUACGACAACAAACUGCAAACAAUCAGCAAAGGACUGUUCGCCCCCCUGCGCUCCAUCAAGACACUUCAUCUGGCCCAGAAUCCCUUUAUGUGUGACUGUCACCUGAAGUGGUUGGCAGACUACCUGUUUGACAACCCUAUUGAGACCAGCGGCGCUCGCUGCAGCCACCCCAGAAGACUGGCUAACAAACGCAUCAGCCAGGUCAAAGGCAAAAAGUUCAGGUGCACAGGUCAGGAGGACUAUCGUAGUCGUCUGAGUGGAGAGUGUUUCCAGGAUCUGGUGUGUCCAGAGAAAUGCCGCUGCGAAGGCACCGUGGUCGACUGCUCCAAUCUUAAACUGACCCGUAUACCUUCACACAUUCCUGAACACACCACAGACCUGAGGUUAAACGACAAUGAGAUUGCCGUCCUGGAGGCUACAGGGACAUUUAAGAAGUUGCCUAACUUGAGGAAAAUCAACCUGAGCAACAACAAACUGAGGGACAUCCGUGAUGGUGCGUUUGAUGGAGCGGGUGGAGUUUUGGAGCUGCUGCUAACGGGGAACAAGCUAACUGGACUGCAGGGACGCAUGUUCAAAGGCCUCACUGGGCUGAAAACUCUAAUGCUGCGGAGCAACCAGAUCAGCUGCAUUGACAACAGCACAUUUACGGGUCUGAGCUCUGUGCGUCUGCUGUCGCUGUACGACAACAGGAUCUCCAGCAUCGCCCCGGGAGCCUUCUCCACCCUGCACUCCCUGUCCACCAUUAACCUCCUGUCCAACCCGUAUGUGUGUGACUGUCAUUUGGCCUGGCUGGGUCAGUGGCUGAAGAAGACCAGGGUGGUCAGUGGAAACCCUCGCUGUCAGAAGCCAGCCUUCCUGAAGGAGAUCCCCAUCCAGGAUGUGGCCACCCCAGACUUCACAUGUGAUGGUGCUGAGGAUAAUGGUUGUCUUCCUGCAUCUGGUUGUCCUGACGUCUGCACGUGCUCAGACGGCGUGGUGCGAUGCAGCAACAGAGGUCUGCACUCUUUGCCCAAGGGCAUUCCCAAGGACACCACGGAGCUUUAUCUGGAGGGUAAUAUGCUGACAUCUGUGCCGAAGGAGCUGGCAACCCUGAAGCAGCUGUCACUGGUGGACCUGAGCAACAACAGCAUCAGCACGUUGGCCCCGUACACCUUCAGCAACAUGACGCAACUAGCCACACUCAUCCUCAGUUACAACCAGAUUCGCUGCAUCCCAGUUCAUGCCUUUGAUGGGCUCAAGGCACUUCGUCUGCUCACUCUCCAUGGUAACGACCUUUCAACCAUACCAGAAGGAGCUUUCAACCACCUCACCUCUCUGUCCCACCUGGCUCUUGGUGCCAACCCCCUGUACUGCAACUGUGACCUGCGCUGGCUCUCUCAAUGGGUCAAGGCUGGCUUUAAAGAGCCUGGCAUUGCUCGUUGUACGGGACCUCCUGACAUGGCCGACAGACUGCUGCUGACGACACCACUAAAUAGAUUUCAGUGCAAAGGUCCAGUUGAUAUCAGCCUGAUGUCAAAGUGCGCCCCCUGCCUGUCAGUGCCCUGCCAAAACAAUGGCACCUGUGUCUCCGAUGCUACUGCAUCCUACCAUUGCACGUGUCCCCGUGGAUUCAAGGGUCAAAACUGUGAAAUACCCAUCAAUGCCUGUAUUAGUUUCCCCUGCUCUAAUGGAGGAACCUGCCACAUUCAGCCUGACCAUGAAGACCACUUCAGCUGUGUGUGUCCACCAGGUUUCGAGGGCCAACGUUGUGAGGUAAACCCAGACGACUGUGAAGACAACGACUGUGAGAACAACUCCACCUGCAUCGAUGGAGUCAACAACUACACUUGUGUCUGUCCACCCAACUACUCAGGUGACCUGUGUGAGGAGGUGGUUGACCCUUGUCUCCAAGGUUUCGACCCCUGUCAACAUGACUCAAAGUGCGUCCAUGUUGGCCGCAGUUACAGGUGUGAGUGUUUGCCAGGCUACGUGGGCCAGCACUGUGAGCAGGACUAUAAUGAUUGUCUGGAGAAUAAGUGUCAACACGGAGCAGAGUGUGUGGAUGCUGUCAAUGGCUAUACCUGCGUCUGUAAGCAGGGCUUCAGUGGGCUGUUCUGUGAGAACCCUCCACCAAUGAUCUUGCUGCAGACCAGCCCGUGCGACCAGUCGGACUGCCAGAAUGGCGCCCAGUGCCUGGUGGUUGCUGGGGAGCCCCUCUGCCGCUGCAUGCCAGGUUUCUAUGGCAACAAAUGUGACAAGAUGGCCACAGUUCACUUCCUGGGUCGGGAUGGUUAUGUGGAGCUGCCAGGUGCAAAGCUUCGUCCCACUGCGCAUAUUUCAUUACAGGUGGCUACAGAUAAGGACAAUGGCAUUUUGUUGUAUAAGGAGGACCACGACCCAUUGGCACUAGAGCUGUACCAGGGGCACAUACGACUCAUCUAUGACAUUGCCAACUACCCACCCACCACUGUGUAUAGUGUGGAGUCGGUGAAUGACGGGCUUUUCCACACUGUUGAGCUGUUGAUUCAGAACCGUUCACUGAGCCUGGUGGUGGACAACGGUGCCCCAAAGAGUCUGGGCAAGCUAGCACGUCAGCCCUCUGUCGACCACAACACCCAACUUUACAUAGGAGGCGUACCAUCUCAGGUGGUGGCCACAGGUCUGCGACCAGGCCCCGAACGUUCCCCUCAGACUUUUAACGGCUGCAUCCACAAUGUCCGAAUCAACGGCGAGCCUCAGGACUUGAGUUACCGAUCAGCAGGAGGAGGACGACAAGGGAUUGGGGGAAAGGGUGAUGCCAUUCUUCCGGGGUGUCAUUCCUGCAGUGUGUGUGCUCAGGGUGCAUGCAGGGAGGGAGGGGAGACAGGGGUAACAUGUGAUUGUCCUCCAGGAAGCAGCGGGGCCCUGUGUGACCAGACAACAGCGCACAACCCGUGUCAGAACAGCAGAUGCUCUCACGGUCUGUGUGUGCCAAAAGGUCAGUCCUAUAGUUGCAAGUGCAGCGAAGGCUACCAGGGCCAGUACUGUGAUCGACGGCAGGAGCCUCCAGCCUGCAGGGGGCAGCGCUGUGGACACGGAGACUGUCGUGUGUCAGAAGGAGGAGAGCCCAUCUGCCACUGUCAGCCUGGGUACACUGGGCCUACCUGUGACACAGAGCUUAGAUGUCAAGGAGAGAUGGUGAGGGAGCAGCUGAAGCGCCACCAGCCAAUGAGAACGUGCACGUCCACCAGCAAGAUUCCCCGCAUGGAUUGCCCCCGAUCCUGCCAGGCAGCAGCACCCACAGGUGUCUGCUGCGGGGUCACCAAGACCAGAAGGAGGAAGGUGGUUUUCCGCUGCACCGACGGCACCUCGUACUCCGAGGAGAUGGAAACUGCUCUGGAAUGUGGCUGCUCCAAGUGCCCGUUGUAACACCACCAACCGCUGCCAUUUUGUGAAAUCUACAUGUCAAAGAGGCUGUCGCUCUGAGAUUUUCCACAUUGACGAGCACCACCAUCAUUUUUUUUUUUUUUUUUUUUUUUUUUUAACCGCUGCCAAAUUGCUGCCAAGAGAAACCACAAACAAAAACAAAAAUGGGACACGUGUGUGUGUUUUUUGACAGAGAGAAAAUAUAUUGUAAGAUAUAAGUGAGAAAAAGCAUAGAACUUAUUUUUAUUAUGGAUUUUUCUUCUAAAAGAUGAUAAAAGGACUGAUAAGUUGUUUUUUUAAUAUGUUGAUUAUAUAUUGUGUUACAUAAUAUGAAAGUUAUUUUGUACCCUGUAAGGAGAAAAAUACACAGCAAAAUAGAUUAACAUUUCCUUAAAAGUAUAUGAAUUUAUAUGUAUGUAUAAAUCUAUAUAAAUAUAUAGCCUAACCUGAUGAAUUUUAUAUUUUUCAAGUGUAUUUGCAUGAUGUUAAUGUGAGUGCUAAUAUGUGGGAGGCUUCGGACACUGAGAGACGAGGGCUGAGCAAGGGAAGAACUCCCUUGAUUCCACAUCAAGGAAAAGGUGGCGGCCUUUUGUUGCCCUCGCUCUUGGAGAAAACAAGGAACUGUAUGUGCCCAGCUAACCUGCUUCACUAUAUAAUGGACAUCUUCCUCACAUGUGAGUUCUUUGAGAAAACACAAGACUCUUUCACCAGAGAUGAUCUAACAGUUUGUUCUAAUAUUGUGUUUUUCUUUAGUUUGCUGUUGCACACCAGACUUGGAACUACGUGGCGUAUGACAUGAAAAUCUCACAGACAUUUGCAGUUCAUUAAGAAUUAAAAAAUAAAUCAGCAAUUCAGAUUCAAAUUAACCACUGUAACAUUAUACAGAGCUGCAGAGAUUUAAAAUGAGUUUUAAAACAAAUACCAAGGGAAUCUAUAGUAAGUUAGAAGAUCUCAGAGCAUUGGUUCAAGAGGAAGCAGGGAGUCAUUUUUUGAUAAACUAGCAAUUUGAGAAAUAGGAGAGCAACUUAAAGCUAGGCUGAAAAACAAUGUUUCGCUCGUAUUUGAAUGUGUCUGCUGGGUGUAGUUGGUUGAGGUCAGGUGUAUGCUUUCUUGCAUCUUCAGCAGUGGCUGAAGACACAUUUGUAUCACUGCAGCAAGGUGAGAUGUUAGACAAUAACUAAAAGAGCAAAAACAACAUUUCCAGCUAGCUUAAUUUACUCUUUGAAUGGCUGAUUAACAUGAGUUGAUCAUCUGACUUGGCAGUAAAGCGAUUUAGAAUGAAGCCACCAUACCAAAGUGAACUCGUUUUUGACUUAAUGGACAAGAAUGUCACAAAAUUAAUGAUUGAAAUUGGUUUAUACAAGUUCAAGUGCCUUGGUGUACUUAUUUUAAAUUCAAAAAUGUUGCUGCAUUAUUGUCAACUGCUGCUACUGAAUGUUUGAUCAUUGUUGAAUGCAUUGUUGUGUCAGAUGUGGCAGUUGACUUUCUUAGGUCCCAAAAGGGCUGAUGCUUUCGUCCGACAAACAUCCUGCUCUUCUAAUGUGUUGUCAGGCCAUGAAAGAUGUGGAUUUAUAUAAAAAAAAAAAACCAAAUAACAAAAACAGAAGGAGCCCAGAUCAUGCCACAGUCCUUUUGGUAUGAAUCAUUUGUUGUACAAAGUAUAUCUUCAUAGCCUCAUGUAGAAUGUGAAAUCGCAGCAUCAACAAGAAACUUUUUUUUUUGUCUUACAGAGUUUUAUGAUAACAUUAUAUAAUGCAGAUCUGACUGGUUGGUGGUCCAUGAUGUGCUUGGUGUGUACACAAAAACAAAUACUUCCAUGGCAAGUGCUUCAUAAAUUGUUACUUCUAAGUUUAAGGUAAAAUGUUUUGAUGAUUUGUUAAUUGAAUUUUCACACUGAUGGUAUGGGGUGGAGGUAAAAAAAAAGAAGAAGAAGAAAAGUAGCUUACAGUAAUCGACAGACUGCUCCAGUUGGAUUUCAGCAAACCUCCACAUUUACAACACGGUUGCUUCUGUAACUUUGUCAUGUGAAAGAAAGAAACAGAUUUGGACCAAGGUGCCACCACACAGCUGAAAAAAACUUUCCAUAGAUGACUAACAGGAGUAAAAGUAUAACAAAAGUUUAUAAUGAAACUACUACUGUAUUGUUUGCUUUAUACAUUGUUGCUUUGUUUACAACAGGUGCAAAGUAUUGUCACACUUUUACUGGUAAUUUGCAGCUCUCCUAUUCUGGGUUUGAGACAUAUCAGUAUUACCCUUGUCCAUCAAUGUCAGUUUUCCACACUUUCUGCUCCUUCUACUUGAUGUCAUUUCUGUUCUUCAUACCUUUUCCCUCCCCUUGCUGCUUCGCUUUGCCCUUUUCCUCACGUCUUCAUCCAAGAUGUCUUCUGUGUUUGCUUCAGCGAUUCAUUUUCACCAUCUAUUCCCCCUGUUUCCUCAUUUUUUUGCCUCAGUUCCUGUUUUUACAGCAGUUCGAGUUUUUAUCUUUUACCCCUUUCUCUUUGUGCCCCCCUCACUGCUUCUUCUCCUGCUCCUAAAGAGUUAGUUCUUCAUUGUGAACAGGAUGAAGCACCUCAGUUACUGGUUAGUGACAAUAAACAUAACCAUAAACUCAGUCAUUGUCAUUGUCAAGGUAUUGGGUCAAAAAACAUGAAUAUGUGAGUGAUGAUCAUUGAUACUUUUGUUGAAUGUUAAAAAAAUUAAACUACCAUUGAAACUA